AUGGAAAGAGCCCCUAGGAAGCCAGAGCCAGCCCCUCCCUGUUUCGCAUUGGAGACUGACACGCAAAGCAGGGAACGCCUGAGCAGCCUGCAGUGGAAAGUUGGAGCCAUGGUGUGUGGCAGGCGGAUGCAGGAGGAGAGAGCAGCUGGGGAGAGUAGGAUUCAGAGGACGUGGUGGGGCAUGGCGGGGAAAAAGAAGUUCCUGGCUUGGCUAAUGGUAGCCAUUUGCCUCCUCCCUGGGAUGACUACAACCCAGCACCAUGAAGGGCAGCCCAUGGACAGCACCAGCGUGGGAGGUGGCCUGCAGGAGCCAGAGGCCCCGGAAGUGAUGUUUGAGCUGCUCUGGGCUGGGCUGGAGCUGGAUGUUAUGGGGCAGCUGCACCUCCAGGACGAGGAACUGGCAUCUACACGUCCAGGCCUCCGACUCAGGCUCCUCCUGCAGCACCAUGUGCCCAGUGACUUGGAGGGUGCUGAGCAGCGGCUGCAGCAGUUCCAGGACCUGCGGAAGGGGCCUCCUCUUAGCCCUUGGGACUUUGAACAUCUGCUCCUCACAGGCCUAUCCUGUGUCUACCGGCUCCACAAGGCUAUGGAGGCUGAGGAGAGGGGUCGCUGGGCCCAGGUCUUUGCCCUCCUGGCACAGGAAACACUCUGGGACCUGUGCAAAGGCUUCUGCCCCGAGGGCCAGCCUCCUUCUUUGGGACCCUGGGCCUCAAUCCCUGACCCCUUCCCCUGA